AUGUCUCAAACAAAGAUCCUGAUCCUCGGAGCUACCGGUUAUAUCGGUGGAAGCAUCCUCACGGACUUGCAGAACUCGAUGAAUGCAUCCCAGUAUUCUUUCUCUGCGCUUGUCCGCAACCAAGUGCAUGCCUCAAAGCUCAAGGCCAGAGGCGUUGAAUCUAUCUUCUUCAAGAGCUUAGAUGAUUUGGACAUCGUCAAGAAGGCCGCCAGCGAACAUGAUGUCGUCAUCAAUGCGGCAUCAGCUAGUAAUGACAAGGCUGCUGCCGCCAUUAUCCAAGGUCUAGCAAAGCGAAAGGAGCGUACUGGACGUGCGGUGAACUACAUCCACACUUCCGGAACCUCCAUUCUCGGCGAUCAACAUAUUUCUGGAAAGUUCGUUGACCGUGGCAUCUACUCUGAUGCAACUGAUGAUAUCUAUGCGUACGAGAAGGGCCGCGGUCCCUACGGCCAACGUAUCACUGAUAUCGUUGUGAUUGAAACCGCAGAGAAGCUUAACGUCCCCACUUACAUUGUUGUGCCGCCGACCAUCUACGGCGAAGGCAGUGGCCCUGUUGCGACAAUCUCCCAACAGGUUCCCAACCUUGCACGUGAGGCUAUCAAGAGAAAACAGGCAAUUGUGAUUGGAAAGGGAGAUGGAAUUUGGAACCAUGUCCACAUUCUUGAUCUCGCUCCCUUGUACACUCUGCUUCUCGAAGGCAUUUUGGCUGGUCGCCAGGAUAUUCCUUCCGGACGCAAGGGCAUCUUCUUUGCUGAGACAGGCGAGCACACCUGGCUGGAUGUGUCUCGUGGCAUUGCCGAGGCGUUGUACGCUCGGGGCUUGUUGCCCACGAACGAGGUCAAGGAAGUUUCCCUCGCCGAGGCCGCCCACAUUGCUGGAGGCAAGGAGGAUCUUCUGGAGGUAACAUUGGCUAGCAAUUCGCGAUCCCGCGCCGAUUUGAGCAGAAAGCUGGGAUGGAAGCCGACCAGAGAUGAUGCUGAUUUCCACAAGCACUACGAUGAGGUGAUUGCUGCUGUUGCUCAGGAGUUUCAGUAG